UUGUGAGUGUUGGGCAGCAGCUUCAGGCUGGGGUGUUGGCGCAGAAAAGCCCGCACAUCAGCGGGUAGUUCGUCCAUGAUCUGAGUUGCCCGUCUGAGGCUGCUGCGACCACGUGGGGCAGAGCGCCGAUCCGGAAGCAGAUUUCUCAGUCCCGGAAGUGGUCAAAGAUGGCCGCCGUGAUGGCUUUCUCUGUGCUGCGGCAGCGGAUGACGCGGUGGCCCCAAUGGUCCUGCGCGGGGCUGGCCCCGCUCCGCGUUGCCAGAAGGAGCGUCCUCGGACUUUCUUUGCGCUCAGGGAUUGUCUGGAAGCCAAACAGGUGUAGCAGUUCUACUGCUGAAGCAGCCACCGCUAAAGCAGAGGACGACUCGUUUCUCCAGUGGUUCCUGCUUCUUAUCCCUGCUACUGCUUUUGGCCUGGGGACCUGGCAGGUCCAGCGUCGGAAAUGGAAGCUCAAACUAAUUGCAGAAUUAGAGUCUCGAGUCAUGGCUGAACCCAUCCCUCUGCCUGCGGACCCAAUAGAACUGAAAAAUCUGGAGUACAGGCCAGUGAAGGUCAGGGGGCACUUUGAUCACUCCAAAGAGCUGUACAUGAUGCCUCGGACCAUGGUGGACCCUGCCCGAGAGGCCCGUGAUGCUGGCCGUAUCUCCUCCUCAGCGGAAAGUGGGGCCUAUGUAGUUACUCCUUUCCACUGCUCUGACUUGGGAGUCACCAUCCUGGUUAACAGAGGGUUUGUCCCCAAGAAGAAAGUGAAUCCUGAGACCAGACAGAAAGGCCAGGUCCUUGGAGAAGUAGACCUAGUUGGCAUAGUGAGGCUGACAGAAACCAGGAAGCCCUUUGUCCCUGAGAACAGUCCAGAACAGAAUCACUGGCAUUAUCGGGACCUACAGGCUAUGGCCAAGAUAACAGGCGCAGACCCCAUUUUCAUCGAUGCAGAUUUCCAGAGUACAACCCCUGGAGGACCCAUUGGAGGGCAAACAAGAGUCACUCUUCGAAAUGAGCACAUGCAGUACAUCAUCACCUGGUAUGGACUGUGUGCAGCAACGUCAUACUUGUGGUUUCAAAAAUUUGUGAGGCGGACACCAGGUGUGUGAAGUUAGUGAACCUGUUCCUAACCAAGAGAUCUACACAUAAAAUAAAGAUGGUUAUUUUUAAAACCCAG